UCUGGCCGUCAGCGGACUCCUUUCUCUGCACACGUCUUUCUCUGAAAUGUGUGUGUGCGUGAAAGAGAGAGGAGGAAUAAAGUGUGUGUGUGCGUGUGAGGGUGCAUGUCCGGAGCAAGUAAAGGCAGGGGGAUUAUUCGGCGCUAUCGAAAUAUUUCAACACGUCGCCCUCGCUGCAGGACUGAAGCCAAUAAGAAGGAACGCAUUUUAACAGGAAUGCCGAUAUUGUAAACAGCAGCAGAAGAGAAAGAAUGCACUGCAGUCAAUUAAGUGACUCACCCGAGUUGGUUUAAUUCGACUAAUGUCCGCAAGCCAGCGAGACACAGAAAGGUGUCCGAUGCGCGUCAACCUCUGAAGAAAAUCGGUCUCGCAGCACUCUUGAAGAUUAAUGGAGAACAUUUUCACAUUUCUCUGUACAGAGUUUUGAUCAAAAUUCAGCAAAGGACUGUAGAGAUUUCCCAGCAACUUGUGAAAAAAAGUGGAUGCUUAUUUCUGUAGAGCUGAAAGCGGAAUUUCCAAAGCUUUGCAACUUCAGAUUUUUUUUUUCUUCUUUUUUUAUUUUGUCUUCACUUGCUCCUCUUGUACGCAGGCUUCUUCGGUGGUAGAAAUAUUGUUUCACAUCCAACCAGUCGUCUACAUUUGUUGCCUGCACUUGGAUGAACUUCCUGAUGAGAGAUCCAGUCAUACAGGGAUCAAGUAUGGCAUAUCAUCCGUUUAUACCUCACCGGGGUCCGGAAUUUGCCAUGAGUGCAAUGCUGGGUCACCAGCCUCCUUUCUUCCCGGCCCUGGCUCUCCCUCCCAGCGGCUCCCUCUCUCUACCGGGCGCCCUGGGAAAGCCGAUCAUGGACCAGCUGAUGGGAGCCGCGGAGACCGGCCUCCACUUCUCUUCGCUGGGGCAUCAAGCUGCGGCCGCCCACCUCAGGCCUCUCAAGACUCUGGAGCCUGAGGAGGAGGUGGAGGACGAUCCUAAAGUUCACCUGGAAGCCAAGGAGCUUUGGGAACUCUUCCACAAGAGAGGCACUGAGAUGGUGAUCACAAAAUCCGGAAGGCGGAUGUUUCCUCCGUUCAAAGUGAGGUGCACUGGUCUGGACAAGAAGGCCAAAUAUAUUCUGUUGAUGGAUAUAGUUGCAGCCGACGACUGCAGGUACAAAUUUCAUAACUCCCGUUGGAUGGUGGCAGGGAAGGCCGACCCCGAAAUGCCAAAGAGGAUGUACAUUCACCCGGACAGUCCGGCUACUGGUGAACAGUGGAUGUCAAAAGUCGUCAAUUUUCACAAACUCAAGCUGACAAAUAACAUCUCCGACAAGCAUGGAUUUGUAAGUUCAACUAAUACCAUUCUUAACUCGAUGCACAAAUAUCAGCCACGAUUUCACAUCGUGAGGGCCAACGAUAUUCUCAAACUCCCGUACAGUACCUUCAGGACUUACGUUUUUCCUGAAACGGAUUUCAUUGCCGUGACUGCUUAUCAAAAUGACAAGAUAACCCAGCUGAAAAUUGACCACAAUCCAUUUGCCAAAGGAUUCCGUGACACGGGUAAUGGGAGACGGGAAAAGAGGAAACAGCUGGCUCUGCAAUCCAUGCGUUCAUACGAGGAGCAGCAGAAAAAGGAAAACGGGGCUUCAGACGACUCCUCUGGAGAGCAGGCUUCCUUUAAGUGCUUCGGCCAGGCCUCGUCCCCUGCCGUGUCUACCGUGGGCCCCCCACACCUGAAAGAUUUCUGCGACAGUGAUGAGGACAGCGACGAUGAGAGCAAAGAUGGACACAUCAAAGAUGGUCCGGACUCCAGCAAGAUUUCCACGACCACGGAGGACGGGAAGGAUCAUGAGGCAAGCCCAGCUAAGGGGCAUCCCUUUAGCAACAGUGACUCUAGUAGGAUCCGCGACAGCGGCCCCAGGACUGAGAAAAGCCAGGCAGAUUCACGACAGAGCCCCAUCACUGUCAUCUCCAGUACCACCCGCUCUGGAGAAGAUCUCAAGAGCCCCAGCCUGGACCAGCCCAAAACGGACGAGUGCAGGUCAAUGAACAAGGACAGUUUCAUGCCUUUGACUGUUCAGACUGACAGCGCGCACAUAGGCCACAGCCACUUGCAUAAUUUUGGAUUUCCAACAGGUCUAACAGGACAACAGUUUUUCAAUCACUUAGGAAAUGCGCACCCGUUUCUCUUGCACCCCAGUCAGUUCAACAUGGGAGGUGCGUUCUCAAACAUGGCCGCGGGCAUGGGGCCACUAUUGGCAGCUGUGUCCACAGGAGGGGUGAGCACCAUGGACACGACUAGCAUGGCAUCAUCACCGCAAAGCUUGACGGGAGCUCCAGGCCUGCCCUUUCAUCUGCAGCAACAUGUCUUGGCAUCACAGGGCAUUGCCAUGUCUCCGUUUGGCAGUUUGUUCCCCUAUCCCUACACGUACAUGGCAGCAGCUGCGGCAGCCUCGUCCGCUGCCUCCUCAUCGGUGCACCGACACCCCUUCCUGAACGCAGUGCGCCCCCGACUCAGGUACAGCCCCUACUCACUCCCAAUGACGGUACCGGAUAGCACCCUGCUCACCACCGCCAUGCCCUCCAUGACCGGCAGCGGGACCGAGCUGAAAGGGGACGGCAUUGUCCCAGCCAGCCCAGUGUCUGCUGUCACCCUGGAUUCUACAUCGGAGGUAACCAGUCACUCGUCCACCAUAUCCUCCGGCUCGGUUUCCAUGUCUCCAAAAACUUGCACGGAGAAAGACGCCGCCAACGAGCUGCAGAGCAUCCAGCGCCUGGUCAGUGGACUCGACUCAAAUCAAGACAGGCCACGGAGCGGGUCCCCCUAGGAUUUUUUUCCCCCCCCAAACACACCACCUGCUUCUCAUUUCGUUGUUGUCAUGAAAAGUGAAAAGUGUUGACGGUGAUGAAGACUUUAACAGUAGGGAGAUUGUCUCAUAGAUUCAUGCAGGUUUAAAAAAAAAAAAAAAAAAAAAAAAAAACUAAACUAAAAAACAUGAACUGUUGGACGUUUUAGUUUCUGAAAUGCACUUUGGUUAAUACACAUCUGAUAUGUAUGUUUUUCUUUUUUUUUUCUCCUCCUCCUUUUUUUCGUUAAACAACACUUUUAUCUUGUCAUUUGAAUACCGUACAAGUAUUGAAACUGAAAAGCUGGCAUGGGUGUGUCAUUCAGAUUUAGGAGAAGUUGCUGCUGUGUCCUGUCUCCUAACUUUAUUGUACACGAGGAGAAAUGUGUUUUAAUAUGCACUCUGAAUUGAUUUGACUUAUUUGAAUUCACUACCGUUUCAUCUACCUUUUAAAGACUGCUGUAUUUUGUUGUACACAAUUAAUUGAUAGAUUGGCCAGAUGUUGCAUGUCCCCCUAAAACCCCAACGAAUGUUAUUUUAACACUAAAAAUCGAAACGAAAAGUUCAGAAAAAUACGCCAUUUGAUUCGGUUAUCAUUUUAAAAACUUUUUUUUUUUUCAUUCCAUUUUAAAAAUCAGAAUAAGCCCCACUGACAUCCAUGACUGGUGCUCUGGGACCAAACCAUGGCCCAAGCAUGCGGAAUUCAGCCCAAAUGUCCAACAGGCAAAGGGAAGCAGAAAAUUUAAGUAAAUACUAAAAAAAAAUGAAAGGUAGUUAUGAUUAUAGGUGUACAUAGGUAUAUAUAAAAUAUUUAUGUAAUUAUUUCAUAUUGUUAUUGCGUGUAAAUACAACGGAGUAGUUUGUUUCUAGGGAUCUGUUCUUAAUUUAUUGUCGAUAUACCUGUGUAAAGAUAGUUUGUGGGCUAUUAUCCUUCUGUUGCCAUCUGCAUUUAUACCCCUCUUAAAAUAUGGACUUUAUUCCUCCCCCAGAUAUCCACUGAUAGUUAUUCACACUCAUGUGCCAUUGUAUUUUCACUUGUUGUCCCCGUGUGUGAAGUGCUACUGUUUAAAAUGAAUGAAAAAGCGACAACGCACUGCACCAAUGGCUUGAAAAAAAUAUUCUUUUUUUUUUUAAGAAGAAGAGCAAAAGAGGUGUCGUUGAAGUGUGACAAAAGUGGACAAUUUUUUUUUCUGUUUUUAAAAUAGACUUUGCGAACAUGAUCGUAAAAGUGCCGCAUAAUCGAAAAUAUGAAGG